ACAAACCCCAACAAUAAAAUCGCGCACGAUUAAGAUAUACUAAUAUUCUGAACACUGUUGCAGAUGUUAAAAAGUGGUGGAGGAAUAAAGAAAUACAGACGAAUAAUUUCUUAUUCCCAAAGUUUUGAUCAAACACAAUAAUAAACUUUCAUACAAUUUAUGAAUUAAAAACGUCAUAAUUAAUUUCAUAUAUAUUUAGCGGCCAAUAAGUAAACUUCGUGAAUUAAAAACUUUUGAAAUAGUGCUUAUCGUACGUGCUCGUACGCGAGCUUUCUGGCUUUAUUUUUUUCUUUUUGGUCAAGACUAGCCAAAUAAACCGCAACGCCGAUAAUUAAUUUAAAAAUUUACUCUUAAUACUCAAUAAUUUUUGGAGUAGAAAUUUAGUAAAAUAUAAAAGCUAUUCUCUGUAAACCGUAUUUAAAAACUUAAGAAUCUCAAAACAAAAAAUCAAAUUGGGAGGAAAUGUUAUCAUACCUCACAUUGUAAUGAUUGUUGUGAGUACGAAGUGUAUUAAAAAUAAAGCGUUUCUAUCCGUUAUGAUACUCUGCCACCUGGGAACUGCAAAUAUUUAAACGGUCAGAAGUUGGAAUCGAUAAAUCCAUCAUUAUAUUUUCAUGAACUAAAAAAAAAAAAAAAAAAAAAAAAAACAUUCCGAGGUCCGACACUACUGACUUAAAAAACGAUUGUCAACGCCAGCAGUUGGACUGCUUUUUAAAAUAUACACAAAGAAAAUAGAGCUCAGCAAAAACUAACCACGAAAAAGAUCGUCCAGUGAAGAAAAAUUUUUCCUGCGCCAGGAGUUAAAGAAGUUGUGCAUACCCCUCAUUUUUGGCGGCAGAAUAUUCUGUUAAAUUUAUCCCAAACUCUUAAUAACCACGUUAUUGAAAAAUAAACACUCCUCCAAUUCCCUUAAACACAGCUCCUCUAAAUAUCAUUAACACUUCAUUGCAUUCAUACAGGUUUUAAAUGUUAAUGGAAGCAGUCCAAACUUUAAAAAUCCUAAACCACAAUAAAAAAAACAAAAGCAACACAACCAGCAACAAAAAACAACUGAAAAGAAAAGUUUUAAAGUACAAAACGCAAUAAGAAAAGAAAUAGUUACAAAACAAAUAUAAAUAUUAAUUAUAAAGAAAUAAAACUUUCAGAAUAGAAAAGUAAGAGUGUUGUGAAAAGAAAUUUAAAACACAAAAAUUAAGGUCUAAGACUACAAUAAAAAAAAGAAAAAAAAAAACGAUUCACAACAAAAUAAUCACAUAUAAAUUGGGUAACGAGGGAGUGAAAUAAAAACCAAAACACAAAUAACGUAGCUUUGUAUUCGGUGGUAUAUUUUAUGAUAACUAAGUGCGUAAAGUGAGAAAAUCAAUAUAAAAUAAAUGAAAUACGGCGAAAAACAGGCCCACUGCUGGCAAUUAGCCGGUAUAAUUCCUGUCGUCCAGGUAAACAGCAAAUAAACAAAUGCCUACUAUGACAAGGUGCUUCGAAGAAAAGGAUAUGUAAACGCUUUCGAAAAUUUCCAUAAUAAUUGAAAUAAUAGCCAAUUAAAACAGUUUGAACCGAUUGAACAAUAUCGAAAAGAAAACCAGGCGGGAGUGUAUGACCAACGAAGUGGUUUAUUUAAAUAAAUUAAAAAUAUAUAUUGAAGAGAGCAGAAUAUAACUAAAACUACGUAUCGUACGAAGUAGCUGUAGCAAACUAGUUGAACCGAAAACUGCAAUGAAUGCAGUGUAAAAUAAAUAAAUACUUGCAACGUAGCAACAAUGAGUUUACACCAUUCUCCAAAUCAACAUUUAAAUGACAAAUUAAACCUUUAAUAAUAAAAAACUGUAUUAUUUAACAAUAAGUGCAGGAAUCGAAAAUAGUAAUCCAAAAAUAUAUUUCCAAAAACUGAACUCAAAUAAUAUAAAUCACUUUUACAUGUGAAUAAAUCAUAUAUUUUACAAUAAUAACAAUACAGCUGAUCAACUUCAAAUAUCUAGUAUGUAAAAAGAUAAUUAUAAAUUUAUGAAUUAGCAACGAAAAUCUUAAAUAAAUCGAUCUUGAAAGAAUAAUUCAUUGUAGAAGAGCCAUUUGUUGGCGGGCACUUGCUGCGCUUAAUCUGGACACCCGACACGGAGAUAAUUAAGCAAAGAUCCGGGAACAAAUCGCGAGAAGUCGGAACCCAUUUAGACAGACUGCAGAAAUAAACCGAUGAAAUUUAUAACAUAUAUUAAACAAAAAAGAAAAUAACUAAAUUAAUUUAUUAAAGAAUUGCGCAUGUGAAUGUGUCUAGUACCUAUAGUGUGUUUGUGUGUGAAUGAUACUAUGCAUCAGUAACAAAAUAAGACAAAAUUGAAAACAAAAACUGUUUAUAACAACAAAAACACAAACAAAAAUUCAAAGAAAGAUUUAACAACUCUGUGAUAAUUAUUGUAAAUUUAUAAUAUAAAAUAAAACAAAAAGUAAGGAAUAGCAACAAAAACAAAGAUUAUUAUUACAAAACAGCAACAAAAGAAAUUUUCGUUAAAUUAAAUUGAAUUAAUUACUAGAAGUAAAAAAUAAAAUAUAAAAUAUAGACGUAAAACUACAACACAAAAUAGAAACAACUAAAGCAAAUGCAAAUGAAGAUAAUGAAACAUUGAAACAAAUUCGUGAUAUCUUAAAGGACUUCGAUACAUAUAUACUAUAGUAUAUUAUUAUAUUAUAUUUUAUAUUAAUUAAGUGGAUAAUAAUAAGCUUAUAUAUAUGAGCAAAACAGACUUAAAACGCGAAAAAUAUAUAAAAGCAUUAAUCGAGCAGCUCCUGUAGUUUAAGAAGCACUGGAAUAAACUGGAGUACUGCAAGGAAACGUGCUUAGAACUAACGUAGUAUAUGAAUAAUAAAAAGACUUUGCUACAUUUAAAGCUUAGUAUAGUAGAUAAAAAUAACAUAAAAACAAAAUAACAACAACAGCCCAGUAACAAAACAACAACAAAAAUCCAAACAGCGAAUCGGCAGCAAAGCUAUUACAGCUUAAGUUUAACUAUGAAAUGCUUUAGUUACAUCUUCAAGAAAUCUCUCUUAAUAUAAAAAUAUAUGUAUAUCAGAUUUGUCUAAAUAUAAAGCUAAAACUAAAGAACAAUAGCAAACAAAUAUCCUAGUGAUACACCACAAGUAAAGUAGUUUAAAACUUACGGGGGCGAGGCUCAAUCCAUGAGUGAGAAAUGAUAAAUUGACGGCGAAUGAAAAGAAAUAAAUCACUUUUUUAACAUUUAAAUACCAAUCAUAACAUCAAAUGAGAUUGACAGAAUACUACUUAGCUCUCUUCAUACAAUCCAACAAAGGCGCUGUGUUCCGGCAUUUAACACAUACAUACAAAAACAUUCAGAAAGGCUUUCAGUGAACUGUCACUGCCUCCAUAAAUAAUAGCGUGAGCGUGUUAUUAAACUAAUAAGAUAACAUUACCGUCGAAUCGAAACAACAUUUUCAAAAAACCUACCAAUUGUGCAUAAAAAGGAUUAUAAAUUAUACUUUGUUUCGAGCAUCUCAACACAUUUUCUUCAUUUGUUGCCCUUCGUGCAGUGCGCACAUUAAAUAAAUUCGAUUUACGACUGAAUUUUACGCACGCGCUUUUUUAUCGUAAGAAUUGAUUUCAAAUCUAUCAUCCUUGUCCAAAGUCCACAAGACCAAAGUGUAUCCCCAGCGAACAAAACAAUUGCAACACUCAUUACCACCACUACUACCACUACCAACAACAAGUAUUCCACGUGUAUUUAGCAACAUGAACGCCCAAUCAAAAGGUUACCGCACCGGUGAAGACAUCUACGAUAACAUUUCUUGCGAUGGCUUUUUCAACAUGAAUGCCAUGCGUAUUCAAACCACUUUUCCGCCAAUUGGCACUUUUACUUUGGAUUCUACGCUGGGUCCGCCACCAACCCAAUCGCAAAAUCAGCCACCAAUAUCCCAACACCCACCACCGAUUGGGAUAUUCGACGCUAACGAGGUGCCAGAGAUCAUACAAAAUCCGGCAACAAUCGGUGUGUUCCAAUCCAAUAGCGUUUUGAGCAAUGGUGGAGGUAGUGGUGGCGGGGGCGGUAAUAACUCCUCAUCCAUAUUUAGUUCGCAAUCGAGCUCUUCAUCAGCUGCCAACGAUCCAAGUCAAGCAACUCGUGAGACUGGAAUUAUUGAGAAACUUUUGCAUUCUUAUGGAUUCAUUCAAUGUUGUGAGCGUCAGGCUCGUUUAUUCUUUCACUUCUCGCAAUUCAGCGGUAAUAUUGAUCACUUAAAAAUCGGUGAUCCGGUCGAAUUUGAAAUGACGUACGAUCGUCGCACAGGCAAACCAAUAGCAAGCCAAGUAUCGAAGAUAGCACCAGAAGUGGUGUUAUCGGAGGAACGCGUUACUGGCACUGUUACAACAGAACUUCGUACUGAUUGCGCUAACAAUUUGCUUUCGUCAAACGAGACAACUGGUCGCAUCAGCUAUGAAAAUCGUGGCGAGUGCUUUUUCUUACCUUAUACCAAAGACGAUGUUGAGGGAAAUGUCAAUUUACGCGCCGGCGACAAAGUUAGUUUUCAAAUUGCAACUAACCAAAGAGGUAACCUUGGUGCUUGCCACAUUCGUUUGGAGAAUCCCGCACAGCCUGUUAAGUAUCGUGGUGUUGUAUGCUCCAUGAAAGAAUCGUUUGGUUUUAUUGAACGUGCUGAUGUCGUCAAAGAAAUUUUUUUCCAUUUUUCUGAAGCUGAGGGAAACGUUGAGUUGCGUCCUGGUGACGAUGUUGAAUUUACCAUACAAACCCGUAACGGUCGCGAAUUUGCUUGUAAUAUAACGAGAUUAGCACCAGGAUCAGUUAUAUUUGAGGACGUAGAUACCACGAUCUACAAAGGGCAAGUGUUGAAGCCCCUUGAUCGCAAUAAUCCAACUCGACAAACCAAUGAUCCAUUGCCGGGUCGUAUACGGUAUCGCGCCCCGGACUAUUCCGAAGUGGAAGUUCCGUUUGGGGACAAGGAUCAGAAGGGUGACUUCACUUUGCGACAUGGUGACUGGGUACAAUUUUUACUCGCAACUGAUAGACGCGAUCAACUGCAGCGCGCUACUUCGAUUUCUCUGCUCGAUGAAACCUUUAAGGUUUCCGGUGAGAAGCGUGAGCAAGGUGUUGUUGCUUCACUUAAGGACGGUUUUGGCUUUUUACGUUGUGUUGAACGCAAUUUACGUUUAUUUUUUCACUUUACGGAGGUGUUGGAUACUAGCCGGGAAAUUGCUGUCAAUGACGAAGUUGAGUUUACUGUCGUGCAAGAGCCCGGUGUUCCAUACAAUACAUCUCGCUUGCAUGCCAUUCGCAUAAAGCACUUACCACCAAAUACUGUGCAGUUUGAGAUGUUAAUGGCAAGUAAUAUUGAAGGCUCUGUAACGCGUGAGGCGCCUAAAAGUCCCGUCAAGUCCCAAGAUCGUGUAGAGGGCGGUGUGAUCACAUAUGAUCACGGUGAUGUCAAAAAGACUAUAAUGUAUUUCCUUAAAGACUGCGAGAAACCACCAAGAAUUGGAGAUCGUGUACGAUUCGAUAUCUACUUGGUAAAACGAAACAAAGAAUUCAUUGCUGUAAAUGUACAACUAAUUGGACAAAUGCAACAAAUACAUCAGCAACAAUUGCAACAACAACAACAACAGCAACCACAACAUAUGUUAACCAAUACAACGAACCAACUGCAACAUCAACAUAUGCACAACCAAAACAAUGAGCAAAUGCUACUGUCCAAUGGUGUCGGCGUUGGUCUUAAUACCGGCAUUGGUGUUAAUGUAGGCAUCGGCGGCAACACCGGCGGUAUGUUGCUAACGCCACAAAACGGUUAUUUACCACUGACUAAUUCAACUCAGCUGCUAUCCACACCAAAGAUUGAAGACUUCAAAUUGGACAAUAAUAACUUAGCAAUGGGUGAACAUGGACAAACUUACCGUGGCUUUAUUGCUGUCAUCAAAGAAAAUUUUGGUUUUAUUGAGACGCUUUCGCACGAUGAAGAAGUCUUUUUUCACUUUAGCAAUUAUGUUGGCAAUCCUAAUUGGUUGGAAUUGGGUCAAGAGGUUGAAUAUACUCUAUCGCCGAAUGGAAACACUUCCGCCUCUGGUAACUGCUUGCCGGCCGAAAAUGUGCGCACACUACCAAAAGGUUCCAUACCACAGCCAGCCAUUUUGGAUGGCACUCAUAACGGUAUAGUGGCACGUCCACUACGCUGCAUCAAUCCCGAUCAACAGGAAUAUGCUGGACUUAUUGAAGUAUUGGAUGAAACUAAACAAAGUGUUCUCACACAGCACGAGUUCGGAAUUACCAGUUUAGUAAAUAAGCGUGAUUUGCUACAAAAAGGUGAUUUGGUCACUUUCCGCAUAGAUGAAAUCGGACGCGCUGCUGAUAUAAAUGCUGUACGCCAAAAGAAACGUGCAACUGUUGAUUCAAUUAAAGGACAAUUUGGUUUUCUCAAUUAUGAAAUUGAGGAUGGCAAAAAGCUCUUCUUUCACAUGUCAGAGGUGCAAGGCAAUGCCGUUGCUUUACAUCCAGGUGAUACUGUUGAAUUUUCGGUGGUUACCAAUCAGCGCAAUGGCAAAUCAUCAGCUUGCAAUGUACUGAAGAUCAACGAUCGUCCAGACCGUUUAAUAUCCCGUUUAAAGUUAAAUGCAGACGAUACUGUGCCACGAUUAAUCAUCACGCGAGCACCACGAGGACCACAAAGCAAGGGCUUCUUGCCCCAAGCACGCAUUGCACGUAUUCCAGGCAUUUUAAUUGAAUAAAUAGCAGCAGUAUACAAACAUAAUCUGGAAGGCGUUGUAGCCUUACAUGAUUUAAUAUCCGCCACACCACAUGGAAUAAAAAAAUGAAUAAAGAUAAAUUUUGAGGGUGCAGGAUAAGCGAGGAGGAGGGAGCAAAUAAAUAUUAUUUAACAGAAUUUAUAGUGUAUAUGUAGGCGGCAGUGUGGACGUGCUUGAAUAUAAAUAUUUAGAAGCAAAGAUAUGCGUAAGGCCACAACUCUUCCUCAGCAAAGAAAUGAAAAUAAAUAUGGCAUAUUUAUGAAUAUGAAUACUAAAAUAACACAAUACAAAAUAUCUUAAAUAAAGGAAUACAGUAAUAAAAACAAAAUAUGAACUGCUUGAGUAAAAUGAAAAACAAAAAAAAAAAAAAUGGAAAAAAGAAGAACUAUAUUAAAUAUGACAGAGAUUGUAAGCAUGCAAUGCAUAUGCGCGCUAGAAUACAGCUCAACAUUGCUUAUCUCUCUAUUUAUAUUUAAACAAUUUACGGAAAAAAAUGCCAAAGUGCAAACGGAUUUUUAAUUAUAUAUUUUUUUUAUUUCUAUUUGAAGUUAAUAAUAUAAUAACAUUAUGAUGAGUAUACAACACAUGUUUGAAGUGCGAAAUUAAAUGAAACUGCUGAAGUAGACACGAGUCAAUGGAGUGAUAGUUGGUAUAAAUAAACAAAAGCCACGGUAAAAAUGCAACAAACACACAUAACUAAACCAGUAUCAGAACAAUAAACGUGCUCAUUUAUUUAUUACCCAUUUCUAACUAUUAUUAUUACCAUAUACAUAUAUAGUUUAUUUGUACGAAUGAAAUUCCUUUAUAACUUAUAUGAUGAACAGUUAAUGUGACUAAAUUGAAAUUAUCUAAGAUCAACAUACAAGCUAAAAUCCUUGCAAACUACCCAAAUAACAAAAUUUAAGGCCUACUAUUAUUAAGUAAAUACAAAUACCAAGAGGUUUGAAAUCCAAGCGUUAUAAUCACUCACUCGCUUUGUGUUAAGAUUUUCAAUUACAUACAUACAUUCAAUUUCUGUUGUUUUCAAUUGUACAGAACCAGUCGUACAAUGCCAUAUUAAGACUAUGUACUAUGAAUUUUUCAUACCAUUUUGGUACAAACAAAAAGUUUCUGUUCUCACAUUUUUAUUUCUUUUUUUUUUUACAUAUUACAUUGAUUUAACAAAGUUAAUUAAUCAUAUUUGGCGGUGCGCUCCUCUGAAUUGCUUGUUUAGUAUUUAUAACAAAGAAUAUAUAUUCGCAUACUUUCAUAUACUACAUAUUAAUGGAUAUAAUUACAUACAUACUUAUUGUGUCACACAUAAUCGUAAUAUGCUGCGAAAGCAAUUGAAACAAAUGUUUAUUUUAAAAUUUAUAUAAUAUUUUAUUAUGAACGCAUUUUCUUUGAAAAUCAACAAAAAAAAGUUACAACUUUCAAGAUGAAGCGAACACACAAAAAUUAAACCAAGUUUAGUAUUUAAUAAUAAAAAAAAUAUUAUUUAUAUGAUUACAAAUGAUUUAUAUUAUUGUAAUAAUGGUGAUGAAUUGAAAACUGUUGCACUAAAUCAAACAAUUAAAUCGUAAAUUUGAGGCAGCAAAUUCAAUUUGCUCCUUUCAUUUGCAAAAAUACACAUAUAUAAUAUAAUAAAGCAUAAACUAAAAAGGCAACAAAAAAAAUAAGAAACAAUAAUUUAAGUAAAUAAGAAACCCCCAAAAUAAGCAAAACCAUAAAAAAGUAAAAAUAAAGUAUAUUAAAAUAUUUAUAAUAAUAACCAAGAAAACAAUGAAUUUCAAUUACAUUCAAAAUUGGGAUCAAUCCUGCAGCCAUGUUAAAAAUAUAACAACAACAUACAAAACCAAAAAUAUAAAAACAUUGAAAUGGAAGAAAUAUAUAUUUGCUUGAAUAUCAAUAAAACAACAAAAAAAAACGAAACAUCAAAAACAUUACAACAACAAACAUGAAAAACAUAAAACUGCAAAAGUAACAAGAUGCAAACUCUAUGAAAUCAAAUAAAAUAAAUACAUACUUCACUAAAGCUAUAA